GCGUCGCGCGCAUUCGCAGAUUCUCAAUUUCAUUGAUCACCGUGUUCGUUUCUCAGUUUCAGUGUACGAAUAUUUUCAAUUAUUCAGGUGAAAAAAAAAAGAAAGAAAUCAAAUCGUGCUCGAAUGGAUACGUUGUUAACGAAUCGUCGUAAUAAAUAUCGAACCAGGAAUAAAAUUUCGGUGAUAAGUUCGCGACGCUGGAAGGAGACUGGCAGCAAAUAGUACAAAUAAGGUAAUGAUAGGAGUGAAUCUAGUCAGCCAUGAGAUCGGUAGCGUUUCCAGUAUGUUUAUUCCUGAACGUGAUGCUGUUCGGUAUGUGUGGCUACAUGUACCUGCUUUGGCUGCAAUAUUGGCAUCGUUUGUGGAAUCAAAAACAGCAAGAUCAGCAAGUCGAAUACGAUAUGAGUGAUUUUAGACGAAACGAGGUGGUGGUCGAGUAUUUCGACGAUCCUUCCAUUCCGGCUAUAGCUCAUCAUAAGUCUAAGAGAAGUGGCGGCGGCGAAGAUAAGAAAUCACCUUUGGCGUUUUUGCAUCGUGAUGCGUAUUCUGGCGAGAUUACAUCGACGAGAUUACUGAUGCUAAAAACAAAAACAGUAGCCAAGCUGCGUCAAACGGUGGUGGACGAAAGUAACAACAUGAACAUGGACCAAGUCAACCCUUACGGUGUCCAGCCUAGAAACACCCGAAUUCUAAACGACAACAUAGUAUGCGACCUGAGAGAAAAACUGGAAUACGUCAAGACGUUGAAGAAAUCAGACAUAGAAGGAUCCAGUGCCCAAGAUGCCAUACCAGACACCGAUUUAUUCAGCGAUCAAAAUUACUACAAUAAUUGCGCAGUUGUUAGCAGCGCUGGUUCUUUGUACCAUUCCAACAUGGGUGAUUUUAUAGAUAGCCACGAUCUCGUGUUACGUUUCAAUAACGCACCAACCAAAGGCUACGAAACAGAUGUGGGAAGUAAAACGACGAUUAGAAUACUCAAUUCUCAAAUAUUAGCUAAAUCGGAGUUUCAUUUUUCAACUUCGCCAUUGUACAGGAAUAUUAGUCUAUUGGUAUGGGAUCCUUCUAACUACUCUUCUACAUUACAACAGUGGUGGAACGAUCCGGAACACAAUUUCAUCGAACCUUACGUACAAUUCAGAAGGCAAAACGCACGUAGCAACUUUCACAUCCUAGAUCCUUCGGUUUUAUGGUUACUUUGGGAUUUCAUACAGGGACACACGAUGUCAAAAAUUCGACCGAAUCCGCCAUCUUCCGGAUUUCUAGGUAUCGCUUUAUUGCUCCCAUAUUGCGCCACAAUCAACGUAAUAGAAUAUGUACCGACUCAACGUGCGGUUCAAAGAUGUCAUUAUUAUUCUCCAAAGACGGACGCUUUAUGUACGUAUGGCGUAUGGCACCCUUUAGCUGCUGAGAAGCUCAUAGCUUUGGAAAUGAACACAGCUCCAGACAAUAUCGUCUUUAAUGACGGGUACAUAUCUAUACCUGGUUACAAUAAAGUUAUUUGUUAGUUUAAUAUCGUUGUAGUUGGUUGUUUUUUAAUUUUAAAAUAUUGUAAUAAAAUACGUUAAGUUUUGAA